AUGGCUAGUCCUACUUUGUUUACCUUCGAUGCUGACGGCCGUGCGGUCGAUUUUGAGGUGUGGGUAGAUGACUUGCAGCUCUAUCUUCAGUGCGACUCCAAGGACGGAGUCUCACUGUUCGAUCACACGUCCAGCGCCUCUGUUGCACCUGCUCCCGACGCUGACAGUACAGUUCGCUCGCAGAGGACUACCCGUGACGCCGCUGCUCGCCUUGCUGUUCGUAGUCACCUGCCGUCUGCUGAGCGCACGCACUUUGGCCAGUACAAGACUGCUAAGUCUCUGUAUGAUGCUGUUGUCGCACGCUACUCCUCCCCUGCCUCUGCUGCCCUCAGCCUCACCCGUCUCUCUGCCUCUCUCCGCUCAGUCAGGGACCACUUUCUCUCCCUUUGCCCCACUGAGCUCACCGUCUACCUACUCGAGGAGUGCCUCCUUGCAGCUAAGACUAGCAUAGUCGCUAUAGGAGCGUCUCGCGGCGACCCUCGCGCCCCUUUCUUUGAGGGGUGCUCCCCCGUCCCCCUUUUGCCCUCUGUUGCUUCUGCUCCUGCUGUCAACCUCGUUGGCACCGAGGCGAUCGGGGCUGCGUCUGCUCCUAGUGGAAGGCGCCGCAAUGGCAAGGGCAGGGGGGGCAAGGGUGGUGGAGGGGACGGCGGGGGCGGCGGUGGUGGCGGUGGAGGAGGUGGAGGGGGUGGGAGUGGAGGUAUAGAGGCUGCUGCUCGAGGUGCUAGUGAGUCUGUUGCUCCAGGUACUAGUGAGCCUGCUGCUCCAGGUGCUGGUGAGUCUGCUCUCUCAGGUACUGCGCCUGCUAAGGCCUUGCACACUUUCACUCUUGACUCCGGUGCUUCCCGCUAUUUCUUUCGCGACUGCACCACACUCACGCCGCUUAGUCCGCCUGUUGCUGUCUCCCUAGCGGACCCCUCUGGGGGCCCAGUCCUUGCACAAUCUUCCACGGUUCUGCCGUGUCUGGCGGUCCCGUCUCGCUCACUGUCAGGUCUCCACCUCCCCUCGUUCUGUACGAACUUGGUGAGUGGAGCUGACCUCCAGGACGUUUGGGUUGACCAGUUCACUCCUGGUGGUCAGCGGGUGACCCACUGUACGUGUACUAGGACGGGCAGCCACCUCGCCACGUUUACCCGUCAGCCUGGGUCGAGCCUGUACACCCAAACUACUGCGUCCCCUCCACUAGCUGCGUCUGGUCAGGUGUUUGCUGCUGAGUCCAGGUCUGGUACGGAGUCUGCCCCCUGUUCGUGUCGUCUCCUGUAA